GCAGCGCCCAGCCCCGACGAUGCCCGGGAAGCUGAAGGUGAAGAUCGUGGCCGGGCGCCACUUGCCCGUGAUGGACCGAGCGAGUGACCUGACCGACGCCUUCGUGGAGGUCAAAUUCGGCAAUACCACCUUCAAAACAGACGUGUAUCUCAAAUCCCUCAACCCGCAGUGGAACUCGGAGUGGUUUAAAUUUGAGGUGGACGAUGAGGAUCUCCAGGACGAGCCCCUGCAGAUCACGGUCCUGGACCAUGACACCUACAGUGCCAAUGAUGCCAUCGGCAAGGUGUACAUCGACAUCGACCCGCUGCUCUACAGCGAGGCCGCCACCGUCAUCUCGGGCUGGUUCCCCAUCUACGACACCAUCCACGGUAUCCGUGGGGAAAUCAAUGUGGUUGUUAAAGUCGACCUCUUCAAUGACUUAAAUCGAUUUCGGCAGUCGUCCUGCGGAGUCAAAUUCUUUUGCACUACGUCUAUUCCCAAGUGCUACCGGGCCGUGAUGAUUCACGGGUUUGUGGAAGAGCUCGUGGUCAACGAAGACCCCGAGUAUCAGUGGAUCGACCGGAUUCGCACCCCGCGGGCAUCCAACGAGGCCAGGCAGAGGCUCAUUUCUUUAAUGUCAGGUGAACUGCAGAGGAAGAUUGGCCUGAAAGUGCUGGAAAUGAGAGGAAAUGCGGUUGUCGGGUAUUUGCAGUGCUUUGAUCUGGAAGGCGAAUCCGGGUUAGUGGUACGCGCCAUAGGCACAGCCUGCACGCUGGAUAAACUCAGUAGCCCCGCAUUCCUUCCCGCGUGCAGUUCCCCAUCCAAAGACAUGAAGGAGCUUCCCUUCAAUGAAGAUCCCAAUCCCAAUACUCACUCAUCAGGACCCUCCACCCCUCUGAAAAACCAAACUUAUUCCUUUUCACCUUCCAAGUCCUACAGUCGACAGUCCUCUUCUUCUGACACAGAUUUGAGUUUGACACCCAAGACUGCACCUUCCCCACAGGGGCGUAGGCUGCACCCGAGUCCCAGCUCCCCCUCUCUCUAUUGUGCCUCCCUCCACCUCAGUCAGUCCUGUCUCCUCCUCUCGGACUCUAGCCUCCCCCCUCAUCCUUCUAGCCCUGUCAGCUCCGUUCUGAGGAAAAGUGUUUCUUUCAGUGAAGAGCUGUUCCUGGCCGCCUCUGGGAUGGGCAGUGGCAGCGCCGGGAAGGAAGGGGGCCCCUUCAAGGCCCUUCUCCGACAGCAGACUCAGUCGGCCCUGGAGCAGAGGGAGUUCCCGUUCUUCACGCUGACGGCCUUCCCGCCCGGCUUCCUCGUGCACGUCGGGGGCGUGGUGAGCGCGCGCUCCGUCAAGCUCCUGGACCGCAUCCACAACCCCGAUGAACCCGAAACUCGAGAUGCCUGGUGGGCAGAAAUCAGGCAAGAAAUAAAAUCCCACGCCAAAGCGCUUGGCUGUCACGCUGUGGUGGGCUACAGUGAAUCCACUAGCAUCUGCGAAGAGGUCUGUAUUCUCUCUGCAUCUGGUACUGCGGCUGUCCUGAACCCUAGAUUUCUGCAGGACGGCACCGUGGAGGGCUGUUUGGAACUGAGGCUGGAGGAGAACCUGCCUGCAGGCUGCGGGUUCUGCCACAUUCCCUACGAUGAGCUGAACAUGCCUUUCCCGGCUCACCUCACCUACUGCUACAACUGCCGGAAACAGAAGGUGCCGGAUGUCCUCUUUACAACCAUAGACCUCCCCGUGGACGCCGCGGUCAUCGGGAAGGGCUGUCUCAUCCAGGCGAGGCUGUGUCGCCUGAAGAAGAAAGCGCAGGCGGAGGCCAACGCCACGGCCAUCAGCAACCUGCUGCCGUUCAUGGAGUACGAGGUGCACACGCAGCUGAUGAACAAGCUCAAGCUCAAGGGCAUGAACGCGCUGUUCGGGCUCCGGGUCCAGAUCACCGUCGGCGAGAACAUGCUCAUGGGCUUGGCGUCGGCCACGGGUGUGUAUUUGGCCGCUUUACCCACACCCGGCGGCAUCCAGAUUGCCGGGAAGACGCCGAACGACGGCUCCUACGAGCAGCACAUCUCCCACAUGCAGAAGAAGAUCAACGACACGAUCGCCAAGAACAAGGAGCUGUACGAGAUCAGCCCCCCGGAGGUGUCGGAAGAAAUUAUAGGAUCACCCAUUCCGGAACCCAGACAACGCUCAAGACUUUUAAGAUCACAGUCAGAAAGCUCAGAUGAAGUCACAGAACUAGACCUUUCGCAUGGGAAAAAAGACGCUUUCGUUUUGGAGAUCGACGACACAGACGCCAUGGAGGACGUGCACUCUCUGCUGACUGAUGUCCCCCCACCCUCAGGCUUUUAUAGUUGCAAUACAGAAAUUAUGCCCGGCAUCAAUAAUUGGACCUCUGAAAUUCAGAUGUUUACAUCGGUACGAGUGAUCCGAUUAAGCAGCCUCAACUUGACUAAUCAAGCUCUCAAUAAGAACUUCAACGACCUCUGUGAAAAUUUGCUCAAGAGUCUGUACUUCAAGCUCCGCUCCAUGAGCCCCUGCUGCCUCUGCCACGCCGACUUCACCGUCUCUCUGCCCGAGGACGAGGCGAUUCAGGUUACAGUCACAGCGGUCGCAAUCACCUUUGACAAAAAUCAGGCUUUGCAGACCACAAAAACGCAGGUGGAAAAGUCAUCGCAAAGAGCCUCUACAGAUAACGAAGAGCUCCUGCAGUUCCCGCUGGAACUCUGUGCGGACUCAUUGCCUCCCCAUCCUUUCCCGCCGGCUAAAGAACACCUGGAGAGUCCAAGCUCUAACUCAGGUAGACCAGCUGCACAGAGAGCACCGCCAGUUGAUUACAGUUCCUUUGCAGACAGAUGCAGCAGCUGGAUAGAACUCAUUAAACUGAAAGCUCAGACCAUAAGGCGCGGAUCAAUUAAGACAACUGUGACGAUGGAAAAAGCAAGUCCGAUGGGUGAAGGAAACUUCCGGAACCGCUCGACUCCAGCCUGCACGAAUUCUACUGUUGGGGUGGUUAAGAUGACCCCUCUUUCUUUCAUCCCUGGAGCUAAAAUCACCAAAUAUCUUGGGAUAAUUAACAUGUUUUUUAUCCGGGAAACGACGUCUCUUCGUGAGGAAGGAGGCGUCAGCGGCUUCCUCCACGCCUUCAUCGCUGAGGUCUUCGCCAUGGUACGCGCACACGUGGCCGCCCUGGGGGGCAACGCCGUGGUCUCGUACAUCAUGAAGCAGUGCGUCUUCAUGGAGAACCCCAACAAGAACCAGGCCCAGUGUCUUAUAAACGUCAGCGGGGAUGCCGUGAUUUUUGUUCGGGAGUCGGAAUUAGAAGUGGUGCCACCCCAGCAGCCUGCCGCCAACUGCCAGCCGUCCUGUGCGGGAGGAGAAGUUCGGGCCUGACGCAGCCGAGAGAGAAGGCAAGCCCAGCUCGGCGGCCCCAGCUGUCUCCGUUGUGAUCUUAAUAGACUAUUUGAAAACUGGACUGAAUCUGAGCUGAUUAGGAAACGAUCGAUCCAUUCUGAGUAGAUUUGACUUGCCUGGAAUCCGUCGGAGGCAGGAGAAGUCGGAGGCAGGAGAAGUCGGAGGCGUGAGAAUUUUCAGGCUGUGACAUUUCCGAGUCUCGGCUACAGGCCCUGGGAAUCUUGACCCUUCAGUUAAGGUGCAUUUCUCUGAGACCCGCAGCUAAGGCUGAGUCACUGUUUGUGAUUUAUGUUCGAAUCUUAACACAAAUCAUCAUCAUUUUUUUUUAAUGAAACGGAAAGAGUAUCAGGCAACUCGGAUGGUUACCCCAGUGUAAUCUGGGGACACGAAAGCCAGGAAGUCACAAGCUGGUCAUGAAGAAGGGCCUGAGGGGCGUGUGGGGAACUGGGGAGAAGCCUCAGAGAACUGGGAGGUUCUUCACAGAUUUUGGUUUCCAUAACCACGGGAAGGAAGAAAACAAUCUUGCCAUCUUUUCAAGAGAAGUUGAAAGUCUGCAGCUUGCAUCCAUAGUAUGUCCUGACUACUGUAGAAGUUAUUUAUCAGAGCUGCUAUCUUCAUUGAAGCCUUUAAGAAUGUCUCGGAGGAGGUGGGGAAAAAUUACCACGUAAGUUCAUAAACUGAUUGAAGUUCAUUUAGUGUUUAAUUUGUCUAGGAGGAUCUUGGCUUUAACUAGGAUGAAAAGGAUGGUGAAUUUUGUUAGUCAAAAUAUAUAUACAAAUAUAUAUAUAUAUACACAACUGAUCUAGUUGGAACAAAAAGUUAUUUUCUGAUGAAGUUAUUCUGUACUCCUACCAAAUAAACAGAGUUGUAGUAAUGUCUUAUGAUAGAGACUUAGACUGUAUUUGGCAUAGAAUCUGGAGACGUAACUUGAAUGUAAAUACUCUGCAAAAUGUUGAAUGUAUACAUAGAAAUAUUUUUUUUUGUCAAUGCCAAAUGCCUAUUAUACGUUACUUUAAAAGUACAUUCCUCCUUUGCACAAUAAAAUUUCUUUAUAAAGCUCAUUAUUUUACUCUUUUCCAGGAUUACAGCUACCCUAAAACUUAAGAGUCAUUUCCUUGUUAUCACAGGUGUCAAUAUUUUUCGGUAUUUUGUUUAUAAUUUUAUUUUUUAAAUAAAAAGUCGAUAAAGAUAAA